AUGCCAUCAAGAAAGAAAGUUUUUAUGCAAGCCUGCACCCAACCCUCAAAAGAGUUCAAGAAAAAGAGUACGCUCUUGAAGAGAAUUUUCAAUCAAUCUGUAAAAUAGAAAAUGGCAUUGUAGAAAAAGAACCUUCCUCUGAAGAAAUAAAAUUUCUGGAAAAAAGAUCUAAUACAGAAAGGCUACAUAAAAACAAUUCAAUAAAUUAUGCCGAUGCGCCAUAUUUGCCUCAACUUAUGGGAAUCACAAAGGUCUUAAAGGAAGAGUUACAGAAAAAAGACCAAAUAAAAUCUGCACUAGUAGUAUCUGCCACCUAUGUAAAAUAUAAAUAUAAAAGUGGAGACCCUAGUAAUAUUGAAAACCAUAGUGCAA